AUGAUCCACCGGCCGGGCUAGCCAGUCGCGGCCUUUGCUUUGGCAACGACGUCAGCAAAACCCCGGACCAAGGAGCAUCAACAUCUUUUUUGCACGUCGCGUUUCCUUUGCUAGCAACGGUCUGCCAUCGCCAUUGCCCGCUGCAAUUCUUGCCGACCGAAUUUAUCACAGCCGCCUGUAACAACAGCCUCAAACUGGCUAGGUUACAGAGCCCGCUGACCCUCAUCCUACGCUGCGGAUUGCCGUGCAUACGGUCAUUCCCGGUACCCCGUGACCGCUCUGUUGAACGAGUCCGGUUACCCAAACUCUGGUAGCCGUUCCGUAUUACGCUCACCAGAGGAAACGGUUCGCACUCUGUAAUUAUCUUGCAUAUUUCUGCACGGCAGACUGCUGAACGCGCGACCGUCCUCUGAUCUUGCUCCACGCAUCCUCGCGACGAUGAGCCAAGGGAGACCCGCGGCGAGCUCGCACAACUCGUCCUCGAGCCAACCUCAUCAGCCACUGCAGCCCAGUACGCUCCGACAAAGUCAUACGCCUAAUAGCCGACCGGGUAGCCAUGACAGUCAACUAAGCGAUAUGCCAUCCGCCUCGAGACUGCCCGUUGAUGGCGCCGACGACGAACAUGUCACCGAGUCGACGCCGCUGAUCCCAGCCUCUGCUGCACAUGAGGGAGACUGCGAUCACGGCACAUUUAGCCCGCGCGCAGCAUCACCUCAUAUAGACAGCUUCCAGAGCUCUCCUGGCAGACUUGGUUCUCCUCGCUCAGGCGAUGAUGGACUCUUUGGCUCAGGUGGCAGUGGCGCAGAAGACUGGAAGGGGUGGCUCAAGACGAGAAUCAAGACGCGCCGAAUGGGCCAAAGCCGCCAGUUGGCUGAGCGCGCCGGCUUUGACGACAGUGCCUUAAUGUACCUCUCAUACUACAUCCCAUGUCUGACAUGGCUUCGGCAAUACAAAUGGUCCUAUUUGCAAGGAGACUUUGUUGCGGCCUUGACUGUGUCGUCAAUGUACCUACCAAUGGCCCUCUCUCUGGCUUCGAACCUCGCACAUGUUCCUCCGAUCAAUGGUUUAUACUCCUUUGUCUUCAACCCCUUCAUCUAUGCUUUACUUGGAUCCGCUUCGCAGAUGGUCGUCGGUCCUGAGGCUGCCGGCUCUCUGCUUAUUGGUACCAUUGUCAAAGGUAGCGUUAAGGAUGGUGAUAGUGCUGAGGAUAAUGACCUCAUGCAUGCCCAGAUUUGCGGUGUUGCAGCAGGUAUGGCUGGAGCGACUGUUCUCAUUGCUGGUAUCGCUAGACUCGGUUUCUUGGAUAACGUGCUCAGUCGACCAUUCUUGCGCGGAUUUAUCAGCGCUAUUGGCUUCGUCAUUGCUGUUGACCAGCUGAUCCCAGAACUAGGACUUGUCCAAUUGGCAGAUGACACCGGAGUUAGCCAUGGAAGCAGCGUUGAGAAGAUUGCCUUCAUCGUUGAAAACGCUACCAAGGCUCAUAAAGCCACAUUUCUUGUUGCCGGUGUUAGCUUCUUGGUCAUCAUGGUUUGCCGCGAGCUUAAGCGCAGGUUGGAGCCAAGAAUGCCCUCCGUGGUCUUCGUGCCUGACCGAUUCUUGAUUGUCGUCGCGUCUGCAGUUCUAUGCUGGUAUUUCCGCUGGGACAAGCAGGGUGUGCCGAUUCUUGGAGAAGUCAAAUCGGCGACAGGUGGCUCGUUUACCUUCCGCUGGCCGUUUCAAAUUUCUCACAUGCGCCAUAUCCGGUCUGCCAUGUCUACUUCCUUCCUAAUUGCUCUUCUGGGCUUCUUCGAAUCGUCCGUUGCUGCAAAGAGCUUGGGCGGUGGUGGUCAUAUUCAGGGCAUGGAGCUUAGUGCUAACCGAGAAAUGAUUGCCUUGGGAACUGCCAACGUCAUUGGAUCUUGUUUCAUGAGCUUGCCCGCCUUUGGUGGCUACGGCCGAAGCAAAGUCAAUAAGACCACUGGCGGUAAGACUCCCAUGAGCUCAAUCUUCCUCAGUUUGAUCACCCUUCUCUCCAUCCUAUUCCUACUUCCUUACUUUUACUACCUCCCAAAACCUGUUUUGUGUUCCAUGAUUUCGGUAGUAGCCUGGUCGCUGAUAGAAGAAGCGCCUCACGACAUUUCCUUCUUCCUUCGCAUUCGUGGCUGGACUGAGCUCGGCCUGAUGGCGGUUGUGUUUUUGUCUACCAUCUUCUACUCUCUUACAUUGGGCAUGGCUCUCGGAGUUGGUAUUUCACUUCUCUUUGUCAUCAAGCACUCGACCCGUCCUCGUAUCCAGAUUCUUGGACGAAUCCCAGGAACAACACGAUUUGAGAAUGCUGAAGCUGAAGACUGCAGUCUCGAAUUCAUCGAAGGAUGCUUGAUUGUGAAGAUCCCAGAACCACUGACGUUUGCCAACACUGGUGAGCUCAAAGCACGACUACGACGACUCGAACUCUACGGUACACCAGAGGCGCAUCCCGCCCUUCCGAGAAUCCGCAGCCAAGAAGCCAAUAGAAAUGUCAUUUUUGAUAUUCAUGGCGUGACAUCUAUUGACGGCUCUGGCACACAGGUCUUGGAGGAAAUCGUGCGCAACUAUCGUGACCGGGGCGUGCGAGUCAUCUUCACUCGUGGCCCAUCUCGAAGAAGCCACCCAGUUUAUGUCACCAUGGCCCGAAGUGGCAUCAUCGAUCUCUGUGGCGGCGAGGCACAUUUCGUUUCCAACGUUGAUGAAGCCUUGCGCCUGACUGAGUGGGAAGAUAGCAUUGAGCCCACGUCGCAGCCAAGCACAGACAGAACCCUCUAGACAGACGGAAUGGAUUUACAUAUGAAGAUAUGGUAUAUAACGAGCCCAGAUUUACAUAGCGCCCAACAUUCAAUUGUCCUUGCACCGUGUAGGAAUUGUAACUCUCCACAAAGUUCACACAUGUUGCAUUAUGGAUUAUAUAUAUAACAAAAAGUUUCAAUUGAACCAUUUUUACAAUAAACUAUAAACUCGCUUCCUUUUUGCAAGAAUGCAUAAAUAAACAUAAGAAAACAGCGCCAUUAUAUCGUACCCGAGAACAUUUACAAAACUUCGUUGACAAAGAUGCCACUGCAUCCCAUGCCAGUGCCCACGCACAUGCUGGUGAGCAGAGUCUUCUUCUUCUGGCGGCGAAGCUCACUGAGACCAGUGACGAUCUGGCGAGUACCAGUAGCACCGAGAGGGUGGCCAAGGGCAAUGGCACCACCACGGGGGUUCAUCUUGGCCCAGUCAAGACCGAGCUUGUCACGGCAGUAUACGGCCAUGGAGGCAAAGGCCUCGUUGACCUCGACAACGUCCAUAUCGGCGAGCGAGAGGUUGUGGAUAGCGAGGAGCUUGGGGAUGGCCAAGCUAGGGCCAAUGCCCAUGAUGCGGGGAGCGAGACCGGAGACGGUAGAGCCGACGUACUUGGCGAGGAUGGGCUGGCCGAGCUUGACGGCGGUGGAUCGCUUCAUGAGAAGGACGGCGGCAGCUGUAAAAUAUGAGUUAGCAUUCAUGGGGUUUCAAAAUGAAUCAACGGCGAUGAAAACGUACCUCCGUCAGUGACCUGACUGGCGUUACCACCGGUAGUGGUAGGACCCCACUGGGGGAAAGCAGCGCGGAUCUUGCUGAGACCCUCGGCAGUGGUACCGGGACGGACGCCGUCAUCCUUGGUGACGGUGACCUCCUUCCACUCGCCAUCGGGGCCCUUGACCUUGGUCUUGAUGGGGACGAUCUCAUCAUCGACCCAGCCCUGCUUCUGGGCACGCUCAGCACGCUGGUAGCUCUCGGCAGCGAAAGCAUCCAUCUGCUCACGGGUGAUGUUGAAGUCGCGGGAAACGUUCUCGCUAGUCCAGCCCAUGGGCUGCAUGCAGUCCUCGGCCUCCUGGCUGGCCUUGAGGACGGCAGCGUCAAAGGGCGCCUCGAGGCGGUCGCCAGGGGCAGACAUGACCUCGGCACCGCAGGCAAUACCGACCUCGAUGGAGUUGGAGCUGAUGGCGUGGGCAAUGUUGGCGACAGAGACGAGGCCAGAGGAGCAGAAUCGGUUCAGGGAGUAGGCACCAGC